GUAUUAAGUUGAAUUACGUGAUUGGAUUGUAAUGCGAGAACACAACUUAUAUUAGUAGGAAAUCUACAUUUUUUGUAGUCCAUGGGGUCAAAUUAAGCAAAUGACUCAUGUAAGGACUAUGGUAUUAUUUAUAAAUCUAAUUGAGGAGAUAGUUUGUUUUGGUUGUCGAAGCUAGAUUGACUCUAAAAAAUAGAGACAUAAAUGUGAUUGUUUGAUUGGCAAUACAUUAGAUAGAACCCAAGUUGAAUUUAUCCUAGAUUCGUUUAUGAAUUAAUUCACUUGCAACAUUCUUAGUGUGACUUACAUGAAUCUUGAGUAAGUGAACGGUCAUGUGUGAAUGGCUCUAGUGCUCUAGUAUAUUGAAAACACGUGCUCUCAUGGUAGUGAGCCGAAAGUUGGUAUGUUGAGCACAUGACAUAUGCAUGACAUACUGGCAUGGCUUCACUUACAAUAGUGAAACAUAGCUUGAUUAAAAGAGUAAAUUGCAUCCUUCCAUUAGCAUUGUAUAGAUUAUAAAAUUACAACAUGACCAUGGGUCAUUUGUAUAAUACCCUUUACCCAAUCCAAAAGUUUGGUUAGAUAAAGAAUGCCACAUUAGUCAUCAAAGUGACCCAAUCAAACAAUCAUACAAUCAAAUCAUAGGUAAACACGUGUUAUAAUCAUACAAUAAACAAUUUCAAACUUCCACAAACAAUUGCAAACAAAAACCAAGCUCAAUCAAACCUUAAAAAAAUCAAUUAGAAGCCUAAAGUACGAAUUAUACACUCAUGUCUUAAGACACAGAGGUCAUGUCUUGAGACUUGCCUUCUCUUGAUCUAAACUUAGUUACUGACUUCAAAUGUCUCUAGACUUUACCCCUAUUUCUUAAGACCUUGCUUGUCUAUCUCAAGACUUAAACCUAGAAAUUUCAUCUUGUCUCCAGACUUAAGCCCAAAGUUGCAAAAAAGUAAGGUUCAAAGUCUAUUCUUUUCAGAGUUCACCCCAAAGGCUAUUCUUAACUAUUAUGUUUGCGUGAGGUUUGCCCAUCAUCGUCUCGGGACACGCAAAGAACCCCAUUGGGUAACCAUCAUUCCUUAGUUCUUUUUCAGAGGGUGCUAUGACCAUGGACUUUUCCUUCAGAGUUCAUAUCAGAAUUCGUAUUUUUAGUCCCGAUAGUUUCCAUUAGACACUAUCGCUGUGAACAGACACAGACUCUCUUAACAAACUCUUCGUGCAUUGAAACAAUCUAAAUUCAACAUUUUACUUCCGUAACAUACACUUAAACAUAACACACAUCUCAUAACAUACAUUUCACACACAUACAUACUCAACCAUACUUCAAUGUUUCAAUACUCAUGCACCAAUCAUCACAUACUAUACUCUUCAUGACUUCAAAUCCAUAGUUCAAUCAAUUUUCUAUAGAUGACUCACAAUAUGAACAAUAUACAUGCAGGAGUCAGUGUAGAACUUACCUGACACCCACGUACAACAACUUGAAUUCCAAAUUCAAACUUCUAUCAUGAAACCGCAGCAACCACUGCUUAUAAAACAUAAGAACACCAUAACUACUCUUAUACAUGCAAGUUGCUUAUCAUUUCAAUCGCUAUCAAUCCCAUACAAAAACCUUAUACUUACAGUCUCAUUGUUCAAUUUCCAAAUGCAGAUUUACUCAUUCAGAACUUAACAUGCAGAGUUGAAAUACUUACCCUGAUGCGAAAUAAUUAUUGAUCAUAAAAGAACCUUAGCCUCUAAAUCAUCGAGGUAGGAUACAUCAGAUUUAAGGAAAGCUUCAGUAGAUACCACUUGGGGAAGAGAAAGAAGAACCCCUUUCAGAACAUAUUCUCACAUAUAAAUAUGACUCAUCUUGCUCAGUGGAAUUUAACAAGUGUCAUACAUAUCAAAACUUGCAUUCUUAUUAGCCUACAAUUUUCGAGAAAAGUAUAAAUAAGUUCCCUUCAUCAAACUUAUCAGGUUGAACUAUACAAUUGAUUUCUAACCUAAUUACUUAAAGUUUAACUAGCACGGUAUUCCAUACAAACUAGGCGUACUAUACCUUUAGCGAAUACUCAUCCCAUUUUUCACUUUUAUCUCUUAACACGAACGCCUCCUUCAUAUAGCAAAUAUCAUGAAAUCAAAUUUUUACCAACUCAAGUGGCGAUUACUAUCUAUCUAUACGUAUAUGCCAAAAUGGUAUUGGGCGGAUAACACCACGUCAUGCAGACUGUCUACUUCUAUACACCCAGAACUUUAGAUCCACCAGAAUUGGGGUGUUACAACACCAGCCUCAGUGCCAACUAGAAUAAGUGAUAGUGCAAUCAACUCUCCAAUCAUAUUUGAAUGCACAUGUAAGAAGCCCACCAAGUCUCAACUAUUAGUUUCCUCCAUAGGAUACCUGCCAAAUGACUCACAUCUAUCUAUAUAAACUCUCCUCACUAACUAGAUCUCUUUAAAACACCAUUUUACACCCAACAUUGCCAAAUUGGCCAAAGAACCUUUCUUUCAUUUCUUAGGUUACCUAAAAUAUCUUUUGAUGGCUCUUAGCAUUUCUAUGUGAAAUGUCUCCAACCUCUAUCACUAAAUCCUUUAUCAACAUUGCCAUAAGAAUUUAUUUAUAUCAUGUUAUCACAAAAAGUAGAACCUCGUGUUUUUUUAUAGAUUCUUGUUAUACCUUUACAAUAUCACCCUUAUUGAACCACUCGAUGUCUACGUUUGAUAAGUGCUAAAAGUAACAUGUUUUAACCUCAUUAUUAAUGUGUUUUUAGGUGAUUAUCCGAUGUUAAUUACGAAUUUUAUGAUCCUAAUCCUUUAAAUUCAUAUUUUAAUACUUAAUAGAGCACUUAGAAGCAAAAUGAGUGAAAAAUGAAUGAAAAUCGGAGUGUCGAAACAAGUUGCAGAAGCCACACGGGCUGAACCAUUUCACUCGACCAGACCACACGACCGUGUGGUAGACUGUGUCGAUUUCAUGGGAUUAUGCACCGAACAACAGAAAAUCGUGAUUUUUAGGUUUUUCAAGCAUUCUAAGACGUAUAUAAGACAAAAAUAAGAAGAUAAGAGGGAGCCGUCAAAGAAUACUCAAUAAAACAACUCGAAAAACACCAUUGAAGCCGAUUUUAAAGUAGAUUUCUGUUAAUAUUGAAGAUUCCCAGUUGAUUUCUUACGAAGUUACCAUGAGUUUCUUUAUUUCUUUUGGUUAUAUUGUAUCUUAGAUUUUUCUAUUUUCGAGCAUGAACUAAUUUUCUAAAUACCUAGGGGAGAUGAACCCUAUGAUGGAUUUUUUCGUUUGAUUUUUAUUUUAUGCAAUAAAUAUUUAGUUUCUUAUUCUCAAUUAUGUGUGUGUAAUUUUUGAUUUGAUAUUUCUAGAGUAUUGAUAUAUGUUUGAUAUGCUUAAAUCGGUAGUUGAAUAGACCUUGUUUAAGAUUAAAUCUUGCGUAAUUGAGUGAAGUUGCAUGCAAUCCUAGAAAUAGGACGACAUAAAUCUACUAGAUUAGAAUUAAAUAUAAUAGGGGAAUCCAUAGCACGAGUUAAUGUGACAAUAGAGGUUUUAAUUAGAAAGAAAUUCCAAUUAAUCAACCUAGAGUCAGUUGCUCUUAUGCUCGAAAGAGAUAUUAGCAUAAUUUUGAGAUUUUUACAGAUCAAGGUACUAAGUAAAGAAAUUGCAUAAUUUAGAUAGAUAGUGAUAAAUGAAAUCUGGGUGAAUUCUUUCAUGGGUAUUGUUUCGUUUCUUGGUUGUUAUUCGAUUAUUUUCGUGAUUUAUUCUUUUUCGCGCUUAUUAGUUGAUAAAAUUAGUUAAUUUUAGUUUUAAUCAAUCAUUCGAAUUAUUUAGUUAAAUAAUAGAAAGACGAUAAUUAUUAGUAUUUGUUGUCCUUGUGGGAACGAUAUAUUUGUUCACCGUAACUAUACUAUUAAUUGAUAGGUGCAUUUGCCUUAGUCAAAAUUUUAGUUAAUUCUGUGAUCAUCAACACUUAAAGGUAAAACUCGACAAAGCUCAACUUUGUGACUUUGCCUGAACACCAUAUUAUAUGAGGCACCUUAACACAUUCCCUAAAAUAUAUAUGGGGAAGAAUUUUUGUCAACACUUGUCAAUCCAUCACCACCACGAACUUGCCAACUCUCCAAUCGACCAUCUUACAUAGUCCCCUCUCAUCGUCUCUACAAUGCUCUUAGUUAACAAUUCACCGCUCUACCACCUGUAUCUGUAGAAUAUAACAUUUAAUGGUCGGGAGCCACACCAAGCCAACCUCCCUCAAUAAAUACUUCCUUUCAACACCAAAAAAAAACAUAAGAUAAAAAAUAGCUUACAUUCUUCUCAAACAUUCUCUCAACUCAAAUAAACAGACCAUCCUUGGUGGCCCUUUAUACCCCUAAGGUGUGAACCUCCACUAUUUUUAAUAGCUCUUCACACUAUUUACAAUACGAACCAUCAUCAUUAUCUACUUUUAACACUUCGUAUAAGCUUAGUUGUUAAUUUAAAGAAUUCAAUUCACAUGUAAAAUAUUGAGGUCAUUAAUUAUGAACUCGAGAAAGAAAGAAAAGAUACAUACAGGCAAGAUAUCAAGGAAGCUAGGAAAAGGAUUGAAGAAAGGAAGAAUAUUGACUGUUCAAAAAGAAAAACAAUGGUGAACAGUAUUUUUCCUAAAAUUUGUGGGGCAAUUUGGGUACAUUCAAACAGCAAAAGAAUGAUGGUUCAAAUGAAAAUCAGACCAUGGGGGCAACUCCAAGGAAUUAAAACCGAAAACUCAUGCUCAACACCCUAACAAAAGGAAAGAAAAAGUCAAAGUCAAAGGAAACAUAAUCUGGCACUCACAGAUGCUUCAAAAUUGCCCUACGGAUCUCUAUAAUAACCAAUCAAAUGGUUCAAAACAUUACAAUAGUAAUAAAAAAAAGGGUCCUCAUCUAAAACACCAAAAUCUGGCCGUAUCCUGAUAUCAGGGUACGUUAAAAAAAAGUCUAAUCAUUUACCUAUAUUGACGUGUCGAUUUCCUAUUCGUUCCCUAUAUAUAAAUUGAAUAAGGAAAACCUCAUGCAAAGGAAACAUUAACUGCUGUCUCUCUCACUGGUUACUGGUUAGGUUCCAACUGUCAAGUUCGGUUCCCUUGUAACAACACAAAGAAACCAAUUCAUGCAAGGGUAUUUUGGGAAUUCCAUAGUUGCUGUCUUUAUAUCAACCGGCAGCUUCCUCUUGCCAACCAAACAUAAAGGGAUAAGAAUAUUUUUUUUCUUCUCUAUUUUCUUGUUUUCACUUCAAAAAUGGACCCUGAGACUUUUGCUAGUGGGAGCUUCUUCAAGUGGGAUCCAAGGGGACUGAUGGCGCCAACGCCGGCUCGUUUGGUGGAAGCAGUUGCCGCCGUACCUCAGCCGCAGGCGGUGGCUGUGGCUGCUGCUGCUGCUUUCAUGGGGAGGCCGAGGGAACUUGGGGGUAUUGAAGAGUUAUUUCAAGCUUAUGGAAUCAGGUACUAUACUGCGGCGAAGAUAGCUGAGUUAGGGUUCACUGUAAACACCCUUUUAGGCAUGAAAGAAGAAGAGUUAGACGAGAUGAUGAAUAGUGUAUCACAGAUAUUCAGGUGGGAACUCCUCGUCGGUGAAAGGUACGGUAUUAAAGCCGCUGUUAGAGCUGAAAGGAGACGGCUUGAAGAAGAGGAUUCACGGCGGCGACACUUGGUUUUAGGUGACACCACCACCACUACCACCGCCGCCAACGCUCUCGAUGCUCUCUCACAAGAAGAGGAGCCAGUGCAGCAAGAGAAAGAGGCGGCGGGGAGCGGCGGAGGGGGAACGUGGGAGAUGGUAAUAGGUGGAGGAAGGAGGAAGCAGCAGCGGCGGAGGAAAGGGCAGAAAAAGGUGGUUGAAGUUGACAACGGGGAUGAAUUCGAGGGUGGUGAUGAUGAUGAUGAAAACGGUGAUGGUGGUGGCGGUGGCUACGAGCGGCAGCGGGAGCACCCUUUCAUCGUAACGGAGCCCGGCGAGGUAGCACGUGGCAAAAAGAACGGCCUUGAUUACCUCUUCCAUCUCUACGAGCAGUGUCGGGAUUUCUUGAUUCAAGUCCAAAACAUAGCUAAGGACCGUGGCGAAAAAUGCCCCACUAAGGUGACAAAUCAAGUAUUUAGGUACGCUAAGAAAGCGGGGGCAAGCUACAUCAACAAGCCUAAAAUGCGACACUACGUGCAUUGCUACGCCCUACAUUGCCUCGAUGAGGAAGCGUCGAAUGCGCUGCGGAGAGCUUUCAAGGAGCGAGGCGAGAACGUCGGGGCAUGGAGACAAGCCUGCUACAAACCACUAGUUUCGAUUGCGGCUCGCCAAGGUUGGGACAUCGAUGCCAUCUUCAACGCCCAUCCUCGACUCGCUAUUUGGUACGUCCCGACUAAGCUUCGACAGCUUUGUCAUGCUGAACGUAAUGGUGCUGCCGCCGUUGCCGCUGGUUCGAGUUCGGUUUCUGGUGGACAUGAUCAUAUGGGGUUCUAAAAAGCUUGAGGAAUUUAGAAUAUAUGUAUGGUUUAAGUUGGAACUGAAUUAGAAACUUUGAGAAUUAAUGUAGUUUAGUUUAGUUUAGCGUCUCUAGAUUUUAGGUUUAUCAGAUUGUAUAAUGUAUACUGUACAUUAUUUCGAACUGAUCUUAAUUUAAGCAAGAAAUUGUGUGCCUUUGUUUUCAAGUCUCUCGCUGUAUAAUAAUCGAUUGGUUAAAUUUUUCUA